AUGAUUCAGAAUAUUGAGAAGACAGCUCUACUCUCUGAGCAUGUUAAUCUGCUUAUCACUGAGAUGGAACCUGAGACAGCAGAUCAGGAAAUGCGGGAUUUUGAGAUACAGAUUGACCUGGCUGAAGAGAAGCAGCAGAAACUCUUCUCUGAGAAGGCAGUAGAGAGAGAUUUUGAGAUAAUUAUCAUCUCAGAUAAGAAGAAGAAGAAGAAGAAGAAUGAGAAGUAA